AUGGCUGAUGGUCUAGCUGGUCGAAAUGUGGAUGAUGAACAUCAUGAAGAUGAAAAUCAUGGAGAGUUUGAGGAUCCUCCUCUUGCUGGGAACGUUAAUCCUCCUGCUGGUGGAGAUGCUGCCCGUGCAGCUGCUCAAAGAGAAGCUGUGCGCCGCGAAGCUGCCCGUUUAGCUGCUUUUAAUCAAAGAUCGGCAAAUGUUCGACAGACUUUGAGGGAACAUGAUGCUCCCAACGCUGAGAUGUACCGCGGAGGUGUCCAAUAUCCUCCAAUCGCCAGAAAUGAUUUUGAGAUCAAACCGGCACUGUUGGGUUUAGUGAAGCAAAAUCAGUUUCAUGGUCUACCGUCAGAGAACCCAGUUUAUCAUUUGGAGUACUUUGAGGAUAUAUGUGGCACAACGCGAAUGAAUGGGGUACCUGAUGAUGCUGUCAAAUGCAGGUUGUUCUCAUUUUCUCUGAGUGAUAAAGCUCAGCGCUGGUUUAAGUCGUUAAAUGGAGAUACCAUUCGAACAUGGGAUGAGUAUAAAGCUGCGUUCUUGGGACAGUAUUUUACUCAAGCAAGGACUACUCUUCUUAGGAAUAAGAUUUCAGGCUUCCAGCAGCAUGCUACUGUGUCAUUCCAUGAGGCUUGGGAAAGGUUCAAAGACUAUAAGAGAGAAUGUCCUCACCAUGGAUUCACACCAGAAUCACUCAUCAACACGUUCUACAGAGGGGUUGAUGAGAGGUAUAAGAUGGCCCUGGAUACAGCUAGUAAUGGGGACUUCAUGACAAAAACAGAAGGAGAAGCUGAGAUUUUGAUUGAGAACCUAGCUGCUAGCAACAAUAACCAUUGUGUUGACUAUGAUAGGACACUUUUGAGAAGAGAUCAGAGGAGUUUGAAUUUCUGUGAUGAUACUGGUGAUGGUAAGGUUUAUCACAAAGGUGCUGGGGAUGGUUUUGAGGAACUACAAGCUGAGCUGAAUUACGUGAACCAAGGAUAUCAGAACAAUGGUUUCAACCAGGGCUACAGGAAUCACCCCAACCUCUCUUACCAGAGCACUAAUGUUGUGAACCCACAAGAUCAAGUAUAUCCACCGCAACAGUCUCAACAAAAGCAGUUUAUACCAGGGCAAGGAAACUACAAUAAGCCAUUUGUGCCUCAGGAGAAAGGACAGGGAAAUGGAUAUGGUCAAGGAGGGGAUAAUGAAAUGAAGUUGAUGAUGCAGCAGAUUCUUGAAGGUCAGGUGAAUAAUGCUGCUGAAAUCAAUGUUAAGGUGGACAACAUGUAUCGUGAUCUCAAUGGGAAGUUCACAACACUAUCUUCACAUGUUAAAACUCUUGAGAACCAAGUAGCUCAGAUUUCUUCCUCCUCUAUGCGACCAUCAGGUGUUUUACCAGGGAAAAGUGAACCCAAAAAUAAAGAGCAUUGUUAUGCUGUUAUGAUUCAAGAAGAACCUGCAGAAGUUGCUGAAAGAGGUCUACAAGAAGCUGCAAAUGAAAGUAUUAUUUCAGAGAUGGAAGUUCUUGUUGUUGAUGUUGCUGUAGAUGAUGAGAUUGCAGGAGAUGAUGAGCCACCAUACGUUGCACCACCACCAUAUGUUCCUAAGCUCCCAUUUUCAGGUCGUAUAAUGGAAGCUAAAAUGCAAGCUAAAAAGGUGAAAGCUCACUUUGAUGAUGUUAUGAAAGAGUUUCACAUCAAACUCCCAUUCCUAGAGUCAAUUAAGAAUACAAAAACAUACAAGAAAUGUUUGAAGGAUGUCUUGUCUUACAAGAAGAGCAUUGAAGAAGGGGUCAUGAUGAUUUCAACUAGGAAGGCAUAUGUGCAUUUUGAGAAGCAGGAAAAACAUCAAAGGAACAAGGAGAAAACUCUUGCAAUGGCACACUUGAAAGAGGAGGUAGAGAUGGUUAGUUCUGAGUGCAAUGCCAUCAUCCCGAUUGAGAUUCCUAAGAAGGUUGGGGAUCCAGGGAGUUUUGUACUACCUUGCCAAAUUGGGAGAUUCAUGUUUGAGAGAUGCUUAUGUGACUUGGGAGCUAGUGUCAAUUUGAUGCCGCUUUAUGUGUCAGAGCGUUUGGGAAUCACCAAUUUCAAACCAUCAAGGAUCUCCUUAGUGCUUGCUGAUCGUUUUGUGCGAUCUCCAGUUGGGUUGGUGGAGGAUGUGCAUGUUAGAGUUGGGAACUUCUACAUCCCAACUGACUUCACAGUUUUGGAGCUUGAUAAAGAACCACAUGAUCCUCUCAUUCUUGGUCGCCCAUUUUUACAUACCAUUGGGGCUAUGAUUGAUGUUAAAAAGCAGCAAAUUCACUUACAGAUUGGUGACCAUACUCAGGAGUUUGACAUGCAAAGGUUGCUGAAAAAACCUACUAUUGGAGGACAAGCCUUUUCAAUUGAAACCAUAGAUGAUCCUAGGGAUAAGUAUGUGAAGACAUGCAUUGGUUGGAGUGAGGUCAAAGAAGUCUUGGAUGGAGACCUUCAAAUUCCAAUAAAAAAGCUUAGUGCUCCAUGCAAGAUUAAGCCCAAAAGGAUUAAGGAAAAUCCUCAUGUAACCUUAAUACCAAUGAAGUGUGUUGGAGAUACAUUAGAGUAUAAGGUGCAGGGAACCUCAAAACCUUUUUCCAAAGCUAUGAGUAUUCUAACAUCAGAGUUGAAAGGAAAAGGUUAA